AUGAAGUUCAAUCUCGCCAUUGCAGGAGCCGUGCUCCCAUCCCUCGCCAUGGGAUUCCCCCAGAUGAUGGGCGGUACCAAGGAGGAUAUGAUCAAGAUGCUCCAGGAGAGAGCCGCCGAGGAGAAGUUGGCCAAGAGAGAACCCCAGGUUCUUUCUAGCGUAGGCAACGCUCUCGGUACUGUUGUCAGUGGCCUGGGUGUUUUGAAUCCUGAUGACAAGCGUCCCGAAGAAGGCUACACAUUCCAAGCACCCGGUGCUGGUGACAGCCGUGGUCCUUGCCCUGGUCUCAAUCUGCUCGCUAACUACGGCUACCUGCCUCGCGACGGCUAUGUGAACUUUGGUCAGGUCUUGGAAGCCACUGCACGUGGUUUCAACAUGGGUACCGACCUUGCUACCGUCCUGGCCACCUUCGCUGUCUUGGCCGACGGUGACCUCGCCUCUGAGUCCUUCUACCUCGGCGCUGGCCCUGGCAACGUUGGCGGUCUGAACCGUCAUUCCACCGUCGAGGCUGACAUUUCUCCUCAUCGUGAGGAUUACUACACUGGCUGUGGUGACAACCACCACGUCUCAUCCCGUCUUGUCAAGCAGAGUGUUGCCCUUGCUGCAGCUGGCAGCAAGAAGUACGACAUGGCCCUCAUGGCUCAGCAGUACGCCAAGAUCGCCGACUUCAGCAAGCAGUACAACCCCUUCCUCUACGCCUUCCCCUUCCCUCAGAUCGUAUCCCUUGGUGCCUUCGCCUUCUACCCUCAGUUUUUCAGCAACGGCACCUACGGUCUUGGAGGUGUUCCCAACUACGAGUCCAUUUCCAGCAUCGUUGGUUGGCAGCUUGAUGAAACGACCGGCGAGUUCGAGUACGUUCCCGAGAAGUGGCCCGAGAACUGGUACCGCCGUAGCUUCCCUUACGGUGCAGUUGAGGCCCUCAGUGAUGCCUUCCUCCAGAUCUANCCCUCGAACAUUGUUGUCCCCGCUACUUCUCAGCUCCUCACACCCAACUUCAACGUCACCAACGUCCUCUGCGACGUCUUCCAGGGCCUUCGCUCCAUCACUCCUCUGAUCAUCGCCGGAACUGAGAAGGAUGCCGGUGAGGCUGUUGACUGGGCUCUCGGCAAGCUCUCUCCUGUGCUCGGUGUUGGCGCUCUUGGCUGCUCUUUGGACACCCUCUCGCCCGAUGAGACCGAUAUUCUCUACCCCAGCGCCAGCAAGACUGGUGGUCCCAUCAACUCUCCCUCUGCUCAGGCCUCCAAUGCUGGCAACAACGUGUACAACAAGGUGUACUUCACUGCCGCACCUACUAAGCCCCUCUGCAGCCACAGCUCUGGUUAA